GCAUUCUUUUGGACAUCUUGCAUGCUCAGGCUCAUUUCAGUUAUCUACUUUUGCUUUUGGUUUUGUUGUGUGUCAUCUACUACCAGAUGUAUCUUGAUUUAUUUUUGGCUUGGCUUCUUGGCCAUCUCCAGAACCAAGCAGGAAUGAAGAUUGCCUGGAGGUGCAAAAGGGCCUAAUUUAUGUAUAUCAGGAUGCCCAACACUUCCUCCACUUUGAGUUCCAGAUCCUUACAACUGCUGCUUUGCGCAGAAGACACUCUAGGAACGAGGAUUGCGUUGUCUCUCGUCUAUCUGGUGUUGGCUGUCUCUGGAACUUUAUCCAACAUCAUGGUGAUCUAUCUGGUCUUCACCUUCAGAAAGCUGCGCACCACCAGCAAUGCUUUCAUUGUAAAUGGCUGCAUUGCUGACCUGAGUGUCUGUGGCCUUUGGAUGCCCCAGGAAGCUGUGCAGGGGCUACUACCUCCUGGUACUCCUACAGCUCACUCAGAGGGCUACCGCUUGCUUCGGGUUGGGCUUGUGGGCCUUGGACUCAUUGUCUCUCUGCUUUCCCAUCUCUUGGUGGCCCUCAACCGAUAUGUCCUCAUCACCAAGCCACCAGUCACAUAUCAGGCUCUUUACCAGCGGAAGCACAUGGCCUGGAUAAUCAGCUUGACAUGGGGGCUUGCACUUCUCCUUGCCUUGGUGCAGCCAGGGCUGCAGGCAUGGCAACUUGACCAGCAGAAGUCUGGAAAUGUUACCAGCAUCAAGAGUUCUAGCUACACAGGCCUGCUGGUAGCCCUGGCUGUUCUCAGCCAGACUGUUCUCCUAUUGCACUGCUACAUGGGAAUCGUGAGGCGAGUGCGGGGCAGUGUCAAGCGGGUCAGUGUCCUCAACUUCCACCUGUUGCAACAGUUACCCUUCCCAGCUGGCCCACAAGCUCCCCGCCGGAUACAGCGACGCCUGAGCAGCAUCUCCGUCCUCCUUCUCUGCCUUGCCUUUCUCCUGGCCACGCAGCCCCUGGUGUGGGUCAGCCUACUAGGCUUCUUCUUGCAGCCCAUGCCACGGGGCCUGCAGUUGGCUAGCUGGCAGCUCUUCUGUUCUCUCUCUGCCUUCAACCCGCUGCUCUACACGUGGAAGAAUGAGGAGUUCCGGCGUUGCUUGCGCUUAGUGCUCCUGCCUGGAGGGGACACGGCCGCUGUGGUGACGGCCACAGCAACUGCCACAACAGCUCUUCCCACAGUCUCGCUUCCACCUCAGGAGCCAUUGCAACUGAGCACCAAGGUAGAAAGCAUGGGAAGUUUAGUACUUCAAUGACCCACUUGGGAAAAACGGAAAAGGUGCAUUUGUCUGCUGAAUGUGACUCACUGAACUGCAGUCUCACUCCCACAGGAGAGGCUUUUUAAUGCUGCCAUAGAGACACUUGUCAGUAGGGGCGGAAGGGGGGUUGUAUAUAUUUGUAUCCAGCCUCUUUCACAUGCCAUGGAAUUGUACAGUGGCUUGGUGCAGUCACACUGACGAAAGCAUCCCACAUACCUCAAAUUCCCCGUCAAUGUCUUAAGUGUCGUUUUUCUGGGGAAAUGGCAUUUCUUUUCCUGGAGCACAAAAUGGCAACAGAAAACAGUUUGUAACAGAGGCCUUGCCUUAGCUUAGCCACAGGGAGCAUGUGCUUGCUAUGGAUAAAGUUCAAAGACUAGUUCCAGGGAUCUUAGUUUAAAUUAUCUCAGGUGGCAAGCAAUGUGGGAGGGUGGGAUAAAGACCCUCUGUUUGAGGCCUUGACAAACUCUUGCCAAAGCCAGAUGGAGCAGUUUCUCAUAUCUUUCUUAGUGCUCCAAAAUGUAGUUUCACAGUGGAAAAUCAUGGACUUUAUGACAGUUGGUGGCAUCUUUCUAACUGGUUUGUGUACAUGUAUUUUGUUCAUCCCAUCAGAAGCCAACAAUAAACUAACUCUUGGUGUUAUGCUCACAAUGAUGAGAAACUAGGAGAGACACAUACAAAACGUUUGCAUUAUCUGUCCCUGUGAUGUAGCUGAUAUAGUGGUUUCAUGGACUAGGAAAGCUCUUCAGAUUGCGGCUCCAUCAAGCAUCUCACCAGGUCUCCUUGGACUAGUCACUAUGAGCAAGAAUAAUGCAAACAAAAGGAAAUGUCCUUGGCCACAAGGAGUUUACAAUCUAAAUUUCAAUACAGAGCAGA